CUAGGUGUUGCAUUAUUGCCAUUUGUUGAUGAGCGACGCCUUAGAGCUGCCCUGGAAGAAGUAUACCCUGACCUCACUCCUGAAGAAAGCAGAAGAAAUAGCCUUGGUGGGGAUGUUCUCUUUGUUGGAAAACACCAUCCACUUUGUGACUUUAUUGUAGAACAGUACAAGACCAAAAAUACAGAGGCCGUGGAUAUGCCCCCAGAGCUGUGCCAUGGAAUUCAGGGAAAGCUUACACUGAAUGAAAAUGCUGUUCUUCCAGAUCAGACAGUGGAGUCUCCUGUUCCAAUGCUGCGUGAUCUUGCACAAAAUUCUGCAGUCAGUAUCUCUUUCAAAGAUCCGCAGUUUGAUGAAGACUUCGUUUUCAAGGCUAUAGUGUUACCUGGUGCAAAGAAACCUGCUCCAGUUCUGAAGCCAGGAGACUGGGAAAAAACCAACAAUGAUGGCAGGCCUUGGAGACCACAGCUUGGUUUUAACCGAGACAGAAAACCAGUCCAUUUGGACCAGUCAGCGUUUAGAACUUUAGGCCAUACGAUGCCAAGGGAAAGAGGGAUGCCAGGAAUGUAUGCCAAUGCAGUACCUCUUGGAACUUAUGGUAGCCCAUACGCCAGGCCGCUUCUCAGUGGGCAGCAGCAGAUUCCUAAAUUGUUGUCAAAUCUUAGACCCCAGGAGUCUUGGCGAGGUCCUACACCCUUGUUUCAACAGACACCACAAAGAACUGCUGGGGCUGCUCCUCUUCUUGCCUGGAACCGCAUGCUACAAUCCCAAAAUCAGUACCAGCCAAGUCAGUACCAGGGACUGGGCGGACCAAUGGGUUACCCACAGAGACCUGAAGAUCGGAUGGACAGGGGAAGACAG